UUAAAUUAGGCGAUCUUAAGUUAAUUGCGCUCCCAAAGUUUCAUACACUCAGUAUGACACUCUGAUAUAAUUAUCGUAUAUAAUGGAUAAAGUAUACUUAAUUGUGUCAAAAUAGAGUAUAAACAGCAGGACUUAAAUACUAAGUUAUAUGAGUACGCAUUGCAAAACUUAUAUUUUUUUAUAUUAAUAACUACGUAUUUUUUAUGAAUAUAAAACGAUAUCCACCGGUGAAACAUUUAUUUGAACGCUGUGAAAUAACACCAAACAACGUUUUCUUUACUUGGUGCUUUGGAAAAACAUUUUAUGUCUAACUUUAAUUAUUGUAAUGGAACAGGUUUCGUAGUUGUGUAUUGUUAGGUACUUUGAUUUGCUACUGAAGAAACACAAAGGAUAUUGUUUAUGAAAUUAACUACACCAUUGUGCCAGAAAUCACUUUCAUUGUAAUUUGAAUUCUGACAGUUGAGUGAAAAGGAAGAGUACUGUUUCUGAAGCGAACGGAUCAAAUACCAGUAUCAUCUCUUAUAUGCGGUACUAAUUAUAGAAGGUCGCAAAAACGUGCAUGCUAAACGCUGAUAUAUGACGUUUCUGCACACACAAACGUCGUUAAAACUAUGAUUUAUAACAAAGGACUAAUAAUUAAUGUUCGCAGUAACUCGUUUGAUUUGAGUAAUGCUUUAACAUUCAUUUAAUUACAAAAUUUAUUAGUUCUAUUUUUUCGUUGUGUAUUUUUUUGUGUAAAAACUCGGGAGCGCUGGGUCGAGGAUCUUACUCGCUAUUUGAUUGGUGGAUAUCAAUUUUCGGUGUGUGUAUUUAACGGUUCAUUAAGGAAUUAAGACGGCAAAAGUUUUUUUUUGCGACAUGGAUACGUAUCCGGGAAACAGCCGAGGACUAAGUCGCCGGCGGAUUACACUAGCAGUAGUAAUAGAUGUGACACUGUUUCUGAUAGUGGGCAUUUCAGUAUUAUUCCUUUUCCUACGAGGUACACCGUUCGAGCGCGGCUUCCUGUGUGACGAUCCGACACUCUCCCUGCCUUUUCGCCCCGAAACAGUCUCUACUUCCGUUCUGAUUAUAGCUGGCUCCUGCGUCUCGAUUCUUGUGGUAUUGCUUGUUGAACUCCUUAAUGCAGCCGACCGGAAGUGCCGCCAUCCUUGUAAGAGUACGAAGAGGUUAGGCCUCUGUAUACGCGGCUUCAGCAUCUUCCUUGUUGGAUUCGAACUGCAGCAGCUAGUAGUGGAAUUCGUGAAAACCCAGCUGGGAUUACUCCGGCCCAAUUUCUUCGACGUUUGUCGGCCGCAAUUUAAUCAAUCACUUUGUCCAGGGUACAUCAGCGAAUACACGUGUACCGGAAGUGAGCACGGACCAGAUGAAAUUCGGGACAGCCGACUGUCGUUCCCUUCCGGUCACGCGUCAUUUUCAAUGUACAUUGCCAUCUAUUUCUCUUUUUACAUCGAGCGGCGGCUACAGGUGACAUAUUCAUGGUUGGUUAAACUCUUCUUUCAAUUCGGACUGGUCUUUCUCUCGCUGAUCUGCGGUCUUGGUCGUAUCCAGGACAACAAGCACCAUCCCGCCGAUGUCAUCGUCGGAUUCCUCGUCGGAUUAAUUACUGCAAUACUGCUGUUUCUCCUCGUCGGCGACAAACUUCUUACAGCCGGUGACGAUUCAGACGUUGUUUCUUUCCGGUUAACAGAUAAACAAAGUGACUAUUGCCCAUGUGCAGCGGCAACGCCGACAAUGUUUGAACCACAAACACCAGAACCGCUGCUGUCUAACGAAUACUUUAGUGCCAUGUCACAAAGGAAUGAAACCGAUCAUGGACACACGUGUAAUUUUAAAUUAAAUGAGAUACCGUCAGAAAGGCGGCAUAUGUCUACACCUUUUACAUCAAUUUCGCGAGUGGAAGACGUUUGAAAUGACAUUAUAAAAGAUCUAUGUUGCCAUAUCGACCAAAUUGACCUCGAUAAGAGUGCUAAAGGUGGGGGUCUACUCCAGUCAAAAUAAAUGCAUGAUGAUCAUGUUACUGGUCGGCUGCACUAUCAAGUGCGUUGAUCUUACCGUGCACGGAUAUAUUGAACAAUGCCGAAUUGUGAUUAAAAUGUUUUUAACUUUUAUUAUAUAUAUAUAGUGGUUGGAA